AUGAGUCGGUUACAGAUCUACAUUGCGAGCUCGGCCGUACUGGCCAACAUCGUGCUAUUGCGCGCCUUCGUCGAGCGACCCAACUUCUACUCGGCCACCGUGUACAUCUCCCAGAGCACCGGCUCGAUCUUGUUCCUGGCCAACCUUGCUGUGAUUGUCAUGGGAAGCGCUGGAUAUGGCCUUCAGCGACUCUUCUACGGCCCACUGCGCCCCAUCGAGACGGAGCAGCUGUACGACAAGGCAUGGUUUGCUGUGAGCGAAACUUUGCUGGCAAUGACGAUAUUUCGCGAUGAUAUCGGCUUAUGGUUCUUUGCUAUGUUCCUAUGCCUGCUUGCGGGCAAGGUGUGGCAGUGGAUCGGGGAGGGCCGUGUGGAGUUCCUGGAACAACAACCUCCGGCGAAUCCGAAGCUUUUCCAUGCGCGUCUAAUGAGCUCUCUGGUCCUCUCGGUCGGCUACGAUCUCUUCAUGGUCUUUUACUGCGUCGAUUCGAUAUUGGCGGAUGCACGAGCGGGUGUAAUGGUCAUGUUUGGCUUCGAGUACGUGCUCCUGGCCAUCGCAUCGAUAUCGACCCUCUUGCGCUAUGGCUUGUCGCUUGUCGAGCUCGCUAUUACCCACCGUCAGGAGAAGGUACGGGAUGAAGCUCGCAGGGUGGCUCGGGAACAAGCCAGGCAACGUAGAGAGGCAGCCGAGGCUGCUGGUGAGCUUGUCGCCGAGGAAGAGGAAGAGGACGACGACGACGAUGAAGUUCCUGGCUGGGAAGAGAAGGGUCGCUGGGUCUUUUUCCUUGACCUGAUGACUGACGCCAUCAAGUCUGUGGUCUACAUGGUCUUCUUCUUCCUGCUUCUGACGUUUUAUGGCAUCCCUAUUCACAUAGUCCGCGAUCUCUUCAUGACCUUGCGCUCUUUCGUCAAGAGGCUCCACGAUUUCUACCAGUACCGAAACGCUACCCGGGAUAUGAACGCCCGCUAUCCGGACGCCACCGCAGACGAACUAGAGCGCGAGAACACAUGCAUUGUAUGUCGCGAAGAAAUGCAACCCUGGGUGGAACCAGGGGCAGAUGGAGCGCAACCUGGCCGUCGCAGAAUGGAUGAGCGACAGCGACCGAAGAAACUUCCCUGUGGACACAUCCUACAUUUCAACUGUCUGAGAAGCUGGCUUGAACGGCAACAGGUUUGUCCUACGUGCCGGAGAUCUGUGCUCGCACAGCCCGUAACGCCGACCAACCCCCAAAAUCAAGCAAACGCAGGCCAAAUAAACCCGGCAGCAUUGCCAGGAGGAGACCCUCUUCGCGGCUUACUUGGCAAUAUGCAGCCACCAGCAGCUCCCGGUCAACCAGGCCAGUAUCACCCUGCUCCUCAGAUAGGUCAACCAAAUCUACCCCAAGGCAACGUGAGAGUCUUCAACUUCGGCCCCGUUCGCAUUGCUUUGGGUAAUCUGCGCCUCCCCGCGAAUCGACCCGCUGAUGCCAAUGCUAACGCUAACAACAACAACCUCUUGAUGGAGAGGCUUGCUCAGCAAAUUGCUCAACAGCCUAAUGCUCUGCAACCUCAGGUGCAGGUCCAGAACCAGGGCAUCCCUCAAUUACCAAACACAUCUACUCAACUUCCUCUUGGUGGCGUCCCACAUCACCCCAACGAUAUCCAAGGUGACAUCUUACGCAUCCAACAGAACAUCAUAGCCUCGCUGCAGCAAUUGCAAGUACAGCACCACCAAUUGGAGAAUAUACAAGCUCUUCUCGCCGAGUUGAACCGCCUUCAACAAGCUUCGGGCGCGGCAUCAGCAGGUCAGGAACUACCACCUAUCACCUCGCUUAACCCUCAACCUUUCUCGCCGACAAAUCCACAGGCGUACUUUGCAAACGGCCCAGUACUUCGGCAGGGUGAUGGCGGUGUGCCUGAGGGGUUGACUCUUCCCGAGGGUUGGACACUGAGACCGAUGGCUCUGUCACCACAAGCUGGCAACAUGCAUGGGCAGGCGACAGAAGCAGGUCCAUCAGGGACGGCGCGUCGCUAUUUCCCGACUGUGCAACGCUCAUCGGCACCACCGCCUCAUUCAUCUUCUAGUCCACCAACUGCGUCGGAUUCAGGAGCCGGACCGGCAUCCUCAGCUGCUGAGCCAAAGAGUUCUGAGCCAAGCUCUCUGGGCUCGAGCUGGAGUUUUGACAAUGCGAGCAACAAUGACGCUCAAGGUUCCAGCUCUGCUGUUGCCGGGAGCAGCUCGGAAGGCCAGGGCUCUAGCCAGCUUCGUGCACGCCCCUCGGCAGCGGGUAGCAGUGCACCAAGGCCGGUUACGGUGGAGGAGACGGAUGACGAGUAA